UCAGCUCAACAAUGAAGUUUUGGGCCAGUGAGGUUCUCAAUGGGAAGUACUACACAACACUAAACACUCCCAAAAGUUUUGUCCUGUUACCAUUCAUUCUAUUUCUCAUCAUUCUUCCUUUUUCUCUUAUGAUAUUCUCACAUGAAUCAUAUCCAAAGAUAUCUUCUGUCAGCACUUUGAACAGCACAGAAGCAAAACAAUGUAAAAUCUUUUCUGGGAGAUGGAUUCCUUAUCCUGAAGGACCUUACUACAGCAACAAAACAUGCCAUUUCAUUACAGACACACAAAACUGCAUAAUGUUUGGGAGGCCUGAUAGAGAGUACUUGCAUUGGAGAUGGAAACCAGAUGAAUGUGAGCUUCCACUCUUCAAUGCAACUCAAUUCUUAAAACUUGUUAGUGGAAAGAAAAUGGCAUUUGUUGGAGACUCAGUGGCCAGAAACCAGAUGCAGUCUUUGUUGUGCCUCCUUAAUCAUCAAGUGUCUCAACCUGAAGACAUUUCCCCGACAAACACGUCAGAUUCCAUAAAUUUCAAACGCUAUUUCUAUGCUGAUUACAAUUUCACCCUUGGAGCACUAUGGUCCCCAUUUUUGGUGAGAUUCAGUGAUGCUGAUCACAAUGGUAAUCGUUCUUAUGACAGCAUCAUGAAAUUGUAUCUAGAUGAGGUAGAUGAAGCUUGGUCUAGUCAAGUUGAACACUUUGACAUUGUGAUAAUCUCAGCUGGACAAUGGUUCUUUAGACCUCUGUUGUUGUAUGAAAAGGGUCAACUUGUUGGAUGCAACAAAUGUGGAACUGAGAAUGUCAAAGACCUUGGUCACUACUAUGGAUACAGAAUGGCUUUCAAAACUGCAUUCAGAAGUCUUCUAAAUCUUAGAAGAUAUAAAGGGGUCACAUUUUUAAGGACAUUCUCUCCAUCCCACUUUGAGAAUGGAGAUUGGAACAAAGGAGGGAACUGUGUGAGGACUAAGCCAUUCACCAAGGAACAAAUCAAAUUGGAAUUUUGGUAUGUUAGGGAGAUACAUAAGACACAAGUGGAGGAAUAUAGAGAAGCACAAAGGGAAGCUAGAAAGAGAGGUUUGAAUUUUUUUAUGAUGAACACAACUGAAAUUAUGUUGUUGAGGCCUGAUGGACAUCCCAACAACUAUGGGCAUUCCAAGAACAAAAAUGUGACAAUAAAUGACUGUGUUCAUUGGUGCUUGCCAGGCCCUAUUGACACAUGGAAUGAGUUUUUGCUCUAUAUGUUGAAUAUGAAAAUUCAGACAUCUUCUCCUUGGAAGCUAUAG